AUGCAAGUGCCACUUCUUCGUCUGCAGUGCGGCGUCAACAGCUAUGACUGGGGCAAGGUCGGCCAAGAGUCGACAGCCGCCAAGUAUGCGGCCACCACAGCGGCCCCGGAUUUUGCGAUCGAGGCUGAGAAGCCCUACGCUGAACUUUGGAUGGGCACCCACCCAUCGCUUCCCUCGAAAGAUGUCGAGACCCAGCGUACCCUCCUCGAUAUGGUACAGGACAACCAGGCCCUCUUGUCGACCCAGAUCAGCGAGCGAUUUGGAGGCAGACUCCCCUUCCUGUUCAAGGUGCUUUCUAUUCGCAAAGCCCUGAGCAUUCAAGCUCACCCCAACAAGAAGUUGGCGGAGCAGCUUCAUGCCAGAGACUCGAAGAACUAUCCUGAUGACAACCAUAAGCCCGAGAUGACCAUCGCUAUCACACCCUUUGAGGGCGUGUGCGGCUUCCGUCCUCUGGCCGAGAUUGUCCAUUUCCUUCAGGCCGUGAAGCCCUUGCGCAACCUGGUUGGUGACAAAGCCGCAAGUGCAUUUGAGCAGGCUGUCAAGGGCAACGAGAACUCAGAGGAUUCCGCAGUUAUCCAGACGAACAAGGAUGCCCUCCGUUCCCUGUUCACAUUCCUGAUGGAGUCCUCGCCCGAGAACAUCGAGUCAGCCACUAGUGAUCUCCUGUCAAUUGCAGAGAACAACCCUGACAGCUUUGCCACCUUACCUGGUGAGGUGGAGACAAAUCCCUCGGACCCCAGCGAGAUCGCCGCGCUUGUGAAGCGACUGAACGGCCAGUUCCCUAACGAUGUUGGCCUAUUCGUGUUCUUCUUCCUCAACUUCGUCAAGCUGCAGCCCGGCGAGGCCAUGUUCCUCAAAGCCGACGACAUUCAUGCAUACAUCUCUGGCGAUAUUAUUGAGUGCAUGGCAUCCUCUGAUAACGUCGUUCGCGCUGGUUUCACCCCGAAGUUCAAGGAUGUAGAUACCCUCACUCAGAUGUUGACUUACUCAUACGCACCCAUUGAGGAGCAAAAGCUCCAGGCAACCGACUACCCGUACGCCGUCCUGAAUGCCACUGCAUACUCGAGCGCUUCCUCUGCCAUGCUCUACGAUCCUCCCAUCGACGAGUUCAGCGUUAUCAAGACAGAUUUGAACCGCAAAGGUGCCAAGGUCACCUUUGACCCAAUUGAUGGUCCCAGCAUUAUCAUUUGCACGCGUGGCCAGGGUAAGAUCACAGUCGGAAACAAGACCGAGGAAGUCAAGGAGGGCUAUGUUUUCUUUGUCGGUGCCACCGCCGAGUGCAUUAUCGAGGACACCCACAGUGGAUCGGAUGAGGACGAUGUCUUCACCACGUACAAGGCGUUCUGCGAGUUGCCCGGUGAGGGAAAUGCUUCCGACGAUCAAUAG